GAAUCCAACACACUUACAAUCGUUACGCGCGGAAAAUAUAAUUUCCCGCGAAAGUUAGCGAGUGAUUGUCAACAACACAAGUACACCGUACACGUCCUUUAGUGGUAGGCCUGUUUGUAUCUGAAUGAAUGGUGCACUUAUCAUCGGCAGCAGGGGAUUUGUUUUCAAGCGGAGGGUUUGUGAUAUAUUCGUCCGGCUUCAGACGCAUCUAUCGCAGUACAGAAGUACACGUUUCGCGGUACAAUCGCAGUGGCCUUGCAGCUGCAGACGACGAAGUCUAACUGAAAUUGAAGCGAGUUCGUUUGUUUUCCGGAACGCUCCUAUCCUCACGUUUAACAUGGCUCAGCGAUCGAUAAUGUCGUUUUUUAGUCCGAAGCGGCAGAUUGGAACAACUGACAAGGCAGCCUCCACUGGAAAAACAAAGGAUGACAGAUCUCCUCUGAAAGUGAAGAACGGCACAAGCCUAGAAUCGCCAGUUCAGCAAACGCACAAGAAGUCGCGCCGCAUCCUUGACAGCGAUGAAGAAGACAGCAGUGAGAACGUGGGCGGGACCUCGCCCACCAAGACCCCACCCAGAAAGACCACACCCGCAAAGACCACACCCGCUAAGUCCACACCAAUGGAGGACGCGCCCGUGGAAGACACGCCCAAAAGAAAGCAGGCCACAACUGCUGAGCAGAUGACCUCUGACCCAGUGCCACCAUCACCCGUGACCCCCUCACAACCCAUACCAACAGCCUCACCGAUGUCCACACCAGGCAGUAUUCCUCUCAGAAAAACUGCGAGGAAACACAUGCGAAAGAGGAAAGCAGAGGAACAGAAAGAGGAGGAGGGAAAGGAUAUUGCCACGCCCAUCAAGGGGGAAUCGGAAUCUAAAAAGAUCAAGACGGAGAAGUCGUUGACCCCAGUAAAGGCAUCAAGUAAAGCAGCUGAAAGCAGCACAGAAAUUGAUUCACCCGUGUCAAAGGUCAAAGACGAAAUGAUGGAUGGAGUUGAGGAAGCAGAUGACGUGACAGAGGCAAAGGCUAGCGAGGAAGUCAAAGUUGAAGCCAAACAAGCAAAGAAGAAAGAGAAAUCUCUCAAGGUCAAGAAAUCUCCUGAGGCAAAAGACAAGAAAGCUGAGACGAAAAAGACCAAAACGCCACCGAAGAAAGGCUCCAAACGUGAAGUGCUGAAACCAUCAACAAAUAAUGAUGAGAAGACCAAAACCAAACCAGAAAACUCAGAGGACAAGACAGAAACGGCAAAAUCACCCAAAGUGAAGAAAGAACUUGCAUCCCCCACAAGCAGCAAGGCAGCUAGUAAGAAAGAAGAGAAAGGGGACAAAGAUGAGAAAACUCCUGUGAAGAAAGAAAGCAAAACACCGGCCAAGAAUGUGUUUGGAAUGUUUUCUAAGGCAGCUACAUCAGACAACAUGGAGUACAAUCCCGGGGCCUCCCGUUAUCAUCCAGUCAACGAUGCUUGCUGGAAGCAAGGAGAGAGGGUUCCAUACAUAGCACUGGCCAAGACCUUUGACAUCAUCGAGGCCACCUCCGGCCGGCUGAAGACCAUCGAAAUCCUGACCGACUUCCUCACGUCCGUCAUGGUGCUGAGCCCCAAGGAUCUGGAGAUGUGCGUGUAUCUGUGCCUGAAUAAGAUCGCGCCAGCGUAUGAGGGGAUAGAGCUGGGCAUAGGAGAGACGCUACUCAUGAAAGCUAUCGCUCAAGGCACAGGGCGUACGAUGGAGAAGGUGAAAGCGGACGCAGCACAACAGGGAGAUUUGGGACUAGUUGCUCAGAGCAGCCGUAGCAACCAGCGUACUAUGUUCACCCCGGCGAGACUGACUGUGCUGAAAGUCUUCAACACAUUGAAGGAAAUCGCCACAAUGUCUGGCAAUGCUUCCAUGUCUAGGAAGAUUGACAAGAUUAAGGGCCUUCUGGUUGCCUGCAGGGAUUGUGAAUCCAAAUACAUCUUCAGAUCAUUGGGUGGGAAACUGCGAAUUGGCCUUGCGGAGCAGUCGGUUCUUGUUGCUAUUGGUCAUGCAGCCGUCAUUACUCCCCCUGGAAUAGCUUCGGAUAGCGUUUCAUCAAAGAGUAAAAUAUCAGAUGCAAUGAAGAAGAAGAUGGAUGAUGCUGCACUUACCGUCAAGACAACAUAUUGUGAGCUUCCGAACUACGGCGCGAUUAUACCCGCCAUGCUCGAGCAUGGUUACGAAGCCUUACCCAAGCACUGUAAGCUGACCCCUGGUAUACCCCUGAAACCCAUGCUGGCCCACCCCACCAAGGGGGUCUCCGAGGUGCUCAACCGCUUCCAAAAUAUGGCCUUCACCUGCGAAUACAAGUAUGAUGGAGAGAGAGCACAGAUCCAUCUCCUUGGAAAUGGUGAGAUCCACAUCUACAGCAGGAACCAGGAGAACAAUACUUCCAAAUACCCGGAUAUUAUCAAGCGCUUGCCCAACGCCUACGAUUCUGAAAAGGUGAAGACAUGCGUGCUUGAUGCUGAGGCAGUAGCAUGGGACCGGGAGAAUCAACAGAUACUUCCAUUCCAAGUCUUGAGUACGAGAAAACGCAAAGAUGCAGCGGAGGCUGAGAUUAAAGUCCAAGUCUGUCUCUUUGUCUUUGACCUUCUCUUCCUAAAUGACGAGCCCUUAGUGACCAAGACCCUUCGUGAGAGGCGGGGGUUGCUCCAUUCUCACUUCAAUGCCGUGGAGGGAGAGUUCAUGUUCGCCAAGUCCAUGGUUUCCACGGAUACGGAAGACAUUGCUGCAUUCUUGGAUGAGUCCAUUAAAGGGAAUUGUGAAGGUUUAAUGGUGAAGACAUUGGACCAGGACGCUACCUAUGAAAUCGCCCGCCGCUCACACAAUUGGCUGAAAUUGAAGAAGGACUACUUGGAAGGUGUUGGCGACACCCUAGACCUGGUGGUGAUUGGUGGUUACCAUGGGCGUGGCAAGAGGGCGGGGACGUACGGAGGCUUCCUAUUGGCUUGCUAUGACGAUGAAAACGAAGAGUUCCAGACAAUCUGUAAGAUUGGCACUGGUCUGAAAGACGAAGAGCUGGACACCCACAGCAAGUUCUUCAAGGCCCACGUGAUUGACAAGCCCCGCCCAUAUUACCGUCACGACACGAGCCACAUCCCCGAUCACUGGUUUGACGCCGUUCAGGUGUGGGAGGUCAAAGCGGCCGACCUGUCCAUCUCGCCGACCCAUCGCGCGGCCAUCGGCAUUGUUGAUCCUGAGAAGGGCAUCUCCCUGCGAUUUCCUCGCUUCCUGCGGGUCCGAGACGACAAGAAAGCGGAAGAAGCUACCAACAGUUCACAGGUUGCGACUCUCUACAACAACCAAGACCAGAUCAAGAACCAGAAAGCGACCGGUGUCCUGAAACCCAAGGCCAGUGAAGACUUUUAUUAGGCAGAAAAAAAGUAUGACACAAAAACAAAAUAGAACAGUUCUUCAAAUGGCUGUGAAUUUGUGCAAGUCUUAAAAUUGCAGCGCUGUGUUCAGUGAAAUACUAGGCAGAUCAGGUUGGUCUAAAGACCUUUUGGCCGGUUGAAUGAAAACAUGUGCAGUGCUUUUGGAAAUAAAAUAGAGGCUUUUGUUCUUCAAUGACAUCGUAUCAUUGUAAAUACUGUAAGCCCAGAACUGUAUGCUCAGCACUUCUCUGAUUGCGUAUGAGAAAAAUAAUUUCAAGCUUAUGUGGGUGGGACUCAAACCCAUGACCUCCUGCUUAUUAGUACAGAUGUCUGACCACUCAACCAUCGAACUUGCCUUCGUCAGUUAUCAGAUUAAAAAUGAUACAUCGUUGGGGACCAUGUCAAUUGAAGGAGUACUACAACAUUAAAGUUGCGUUCUCCUUGCUAUUUUUGAGAUUCAUCCUGAAAAGAUAGAUUCCUUUUCUAAAUUGCUAUUUUUCUAGCAAUACAAAAGUUAAUCAAUUUUAAAUGAGACAUCUACGGAAAAGAAGCGUCCCAUGUUAAGUUAUUGAAUUAUAACUUUACAAUUUCAAAUUACUGGCUGCCAGACAAUAAUUGCAUUCUCGCGGGGCAGGCUGGUUUCCACCACACAACCAGUAUCGAUAAUGUACAGGCCGGGAACCAGCCUGCUCCCAAAGUGGAUCUGUUUGCACCCAAAACAAAACAACAUUUUUUAGAGGGUUGCAGACGACCAAUUAAGGAAAGAGGGACAUUUUUGGUUGAAAUAAAAAGUAUAUGAUUUUGCAGAGCACAGGGAACGGAACUUUUGAAAAACAAAUGGACAAGUAAAAAAUAUUCCAUUUGAAGUCAACGGUUAUAUUGACAAUGUUGAUAAUAGAUGUUUUUAAACUGAAGUAAAGCCAUAUUCAGUUAUUUCUCCCAUUAGAUUGGGUAAUGAAUGAAUUUAUUCAGAUGAAGGUUAUAUUAUGCACUCUAAUUCUAAAUUCUUCUCAGCCAGUUAAUAUUUGGCUAGGUAAAACUGUUGGGUGUUAAUUCCAGAUGCAUAGAUUUUUUUUAUUGAUACAAAAAUCUUAAAAUAACCCUAAGAUAAUUUCAGCUUAUCAGCUCACACUGAAACUUUAGGGCCCAUUGCAAUUCAUAUCCAGUACAAGUUCCAGACAAGUUGCGGGUAGAAUCAUUCACUUUGUCUGGAAGAAGCUCGGCAUUUGUCCCAGACAUGUUCCGAGGAAAUUUUCUUUAGCAACUGCUUGACUCCUAAAUACUGACAACUCCAUUGUGGGAAGAUUGCUGGGAAGUUGUUCAGAAUCCUGCAACUUAUACCCGAUACAACGUCCGGAACUUGUCCAGAACUCGUCCGGAUAUAAAUUGAGACUGGCCCUUAACCGAAUGUUGAUGUUGUUGGGUUUUUGUGAGUUCAAGCAACAUGCAUUUUGAUAUUUUAUAGUUUUUGUAAAUAAGUAGAUUUAUUAAAAGAAUUAUCCAACCAGUCCAUUCGAUGGUGAAUUUACAAAGCACUCAGCCCGAGUAAAGAUUAUAAAGGCUCAAUGAUAGUUUGCCUUUUAAAAACUAUAAUGGAACUGUUGGUUAACGAUGAAAUCAAAUAAUAAAAGAUUGAUAGUUGCUGAAAAGGUUUUUAACCAAAAAGUGUAAAUUUUAAGGAUUCAUUGAAGGAAUUUUGUGUUUCAAAUGUGAAAGAUGGACACUCAUGCGAUAGUGUAAGCCACAUUUUCGGUAUUCAAUUUCAAGCAAAAACUGAAUUGUCCUGUUGUAUAUUUUGAUGAAACAUUUGAAUAUUCCUGCAUUUCAGAUAAUUCUGUGGUACUCAUUAAAUUUCAUUUCCAAUUCCAAAGCAGGAAAAA